UGUGCGGCUGGAGGGGUGGUACAGCCUCCUGCAGGCAGGGUGUGUGCGGCUGGAGGGGUGGUACAGCCUCCUGCAGGCAGGGUGGGCGCCUGGAGCGUCCAGCAGGCGCCCGGGGGCUGUUGGGUCUCCCUGGUAACUGCGAUGCUAAACCAGGCAGCGAGCGCUGGGUCAAGCAGGGAGGAGCAGGCGAUCAGGGAAGGGGGCUGAAAAGCUUGGCUUCUGCGUGUUUUGAUGCUCCUGACAGGGUCACAAGCAGGUUUUCGAGGAGAUGGGAUUGUCAUGGUGUCCCGUGCUUUUUUUCGGGCUGUAAGUUUGUGAGUUGCAGAUGUGUAAAAUGGCUAUGUUUUCAGUGCCAGGACACCCUACAGGAAGAAACACAGCAAGUGGGGCCUGACUUUAAAGUAUUCUAAAUAAAAUGCUUUCUAUGGAGACUUGUGCUUCUGAUGCCAGGACUCUUCUGAAGACUUACUUUGUUGCUUGGCUUAAAGGAAGAUGAUGUUGUUAAUGGAUUCUAAGCAUCCUUCUGGAGGCUGGUGACCCUUCCAUUGUUGGUGAAUGCCAUCAUGGACAACUUUGAAGGCUCUUUUCCAAAACACCACAAGCAGUUACUGCGCUUUAUAAAGGACUCCUGACCUUUUGAAUCUUCCUAAGUCGUAUCUAGAUGUCACCAGUGUUUCCCAUGUUAACAGUUCUGAGCAUGUUUUACUAUAUGUGCCUUCGGCGCCGAGCUAGGACAGCAACGAGAGGAGAAAUGAACAGCCGGAGGGCUAUUGAAUCAAACACCCGAGCCUUACCUAUCAACGUUGAAAUAGUUCAGUAUGCCAAAGAAGUGUUGGAUUUCAGCUCUCACUAUGGUAGUGAAAACAGCAUGUCAUACACCAUGUGGAAUUUAGCAGGUAUUCCAAACGUGUACCCUAGUUCUGGUGACUUCACUCAGACUGCUGUCUUUCGAACUUACGGGACCUGGUGGGAUCAUUGCCCUAGUGCUCGGCUGCCGUUCAAGAGAACACCACCCACCUUCUGUAGCCAGGACUAUGUGGAACUUGCUUUUGAAGAACCAGUUUAUCCUACUGCAGUGCACAUUCUGGAAACGUACCAUCCUGGAGCUGUAGUCAGGAUUUUGGCAUGCUCUGCAAAUCCUUACUCACAAAAUCCACCAGCUGAAGUAAGAAGACUUCUGCAGGCCUCCUGUUCUACUGCAAGAUGGGAAAUCCUUUGGUCCGAGGCACCUACAAAGGUGAAUGGUCCUCAGGCUCGGCAGUUCACACCUUGUAUCAAACAGAUCAACUUUCCCACAAACUUAAUCCGACUGGAAGUGAACAGCUCUCUUCUGGACUAUUACACGGAAUUGGAUGCAGUAGUGCUACACGGGGUGAAAGAGAGACCUGUGCUCUCACUUAAGACUUCCAUGAUUGAUAUGAAUGAUAUUGAUGAAGAUGAGGAUGAAGAGAAGUACAGCUGUGGAGUGGACAACGUUAAUAAACAGUUCAGCAUUGUUGCCCUCAGGGAAUGGCCAACUAACGGAUAUUUUGAUAAACUGCCUUAUGAGCUCAUCCAGUUGAUUUUGAGUCACCUCACAGUACCAGACCUGUGUAGACUAGCGCAAACUUGUAAGCUACUAUAUCAACAUUGCUGUGAUCCUCUACAAUACAUUCAUCUCAGUUUACAACCUUACUGGGCAAGAAUUAAUGACACAUCCCUGGAAUACCUACAGUCUCGCUGCACUCUCAUCCAGUGGCUGAAUUUAUCUUGGACUGGAAACAGGGGAGCCAUCUCUGUUUCUGGAUUCAGCAGGUUCUUGAAAGUUUGUGGCUCUGAAUUAGUACGUCUGGAGUUGUCUUGUGGCCACUUCCUCAAUGAAACAUGCUUGGAGGUUAUUACUGAAAUGUGUCCAAAUCUGCAGGAGUUAAAUCUCUCAUCAUGUGAUAAAAUACCACCUCAGGCUUUCAACCACAUAGCCAAAGUGGGCAGCCUAAAGCGUCUCGUUCUCUACCGAACAAAAGUGGAGCAAACAGCCCUGCUCAAUAUUCUGAACUUCUGCUCGGAGCUGCAGCACCUCAGCCUGGGCAGCUGUGUCAUGAUUGAAGACUAUGAUCUUAUAGCAAGCAUGAUGGGAGCAAAAUGCAAAAAGCUUCGCAGUCUGGAUUUGUGGAGAUGUAAAAACAUAACUGAAAGUGGAAUAGCAGAACUAGCUUCAGGCUGCCAGCUUCUGGAAGAACUUGAUCUUGGCUGGUGCCCUACGUUACAGAGCAGUACAGGCUGUUUCACAAACCUUGCACGUAAACUCCCAAACCUGCAGAAGCUCUUUCUUACGGCCAACAGGUCCGUGUGUGACACAGACAUCGAGGAGCUUGCUGCUAAUUGCACCCAUUUACGGCAGCUGGAUAUAUUGGGGACGAGGAUGGUAAGCCCUGCAUCUUUAAGAAAAUUGCUGGAGUCUUGUAAAGAUCUUUCUUUACUCGAUGUGUCCUUCUGUUCACAGAUUGAUAAUAGAGUUGUCCUGGAACUAAAUGCCAACUUUCCUCAUGUGUUCAUAAAAAAGAGUUUCACCCAGUGACUUACUACAUAUGCUGCUGUGGAAUUCGUUUGACAGAGUUGUUUCCUGUGAAUUUGUGCUGACUUUUUUUUAAGAAGAGUAUAAAUCCCCUAUGAAAUAUUGGAAAGUAGUAAUUAUCUACGCAGAUGGGUAAAAUACAUUUAAAUAUAUUAUGCAUUUCUUAAAUACUUGAUAUUGUACCUAAGAAUUGUUUUACUCUGUGUUAAUUGGUGGCACUGCAUGUUUUUGAAUACCAGCCAUAUGUGCGACUUAAUGAGAAGCAAAUUAAAAACAUUUUGCUAAAUAUCCCUUUACAGGGUUUUACACACAAUAAACUGUGCUAAUAUCCAGGUGAAAGCAGAAUUCAGCAUUUAACAGUAAGGAAAGGAUGGGUGCUUCCUUUUUCUGUUUCUGUGUUUGUGUGGGUAUAUAUAAAUGUAUACAGAUGUAUUUGUAUAUACAUACACAGAUACUGUAGCAUUCUGGGUUGGCCUGCAGCAUAAGAUGUUGUGAUCUGGCCCAUAAUUCAUUGUUUGAAAACCUCUUCAAGCUUGUGUAAGAAUGGAUUGAGAAGACACUGUUGUCUUCAUUUUUUUUGGCAAUGAAUUCUGUCUGAGACACUUGUCUCCCUUCUUCCACCUGAAGUAGAUACAGUGAAGUUUUACAGUCCAGCCUCAGCGACACAAAAGAUAAAUGCAAGAACCUUCCACCUGAACUUAGAGCAGAAAAGAAAGAAAAUUGCCAGCUGCUUCUUGGUAUUGGGUGUAAAGUUUGAGCCAUGUACUUAGUGUCAUAACUGGCAAUGUGUAGAGCAAUUUUCUUGUCAAAUUUCUGUCAUGGUAAAGACUUGCCUUGUGGUCCAUCUGGUUAUUGUGCCGAGUACCAGCAACUGUCCCUUACACUGGCAUCAAAUCUACUGUCAGGUGUAAAACUAAACAUCCUUGUUUGGUAAAACAGCAAUGAAAAUCGAAUGGUUUUGAAACCAGGGUGGUAUGAUUUGGUGACUUUGUAAUUGCCAAACCUUAGUUUUGGAUUUGUUUGGGGGGUUGUUUUUUACUUGUUUUUCCAAGAGGUGAUCACUCAAAGUACUAUUGCACUCUCUCUCUAUAACACUUUAGCCUCUGGAGAAGGAAAACUGUGUCAGUGGACAAAUUCUAGGGGUUUCUUCCUUUUGCACUUCCUUGGAUGAAGCUUUUGUUGUUGUUGUUUCUUUCCUUAAUUACCACUGUUGGAGGAUGCUGUUGUGUUCAGCCUGAAUUUAGAAUUUCAUCUCUUUAGCCAUUGUUGAUGAGUACGGACCAGGAAAUACAGCCUGUCAUUUGAUAAGGAUCCCACUGUUCUGUUCUUGAUGGUACUAAUUACCUACUGGAAUAAGAAGAACAAUAUUUUGUCUGGCAGAAGUCCAGCAUUGCACUGAAGAUCACUGGCAGAGAACACUUCAGUGUAUGUGGUAAAUAACCAACUGCUGCUAGAGAACUGCUACGAAUCGUUCCAGAUUUGACAAUCUCUGUGGCUCCUGAAUGAAUGCUUGGAACUCUUUGUGCUGGUGCCAACACUUUAUGAACCAUGUCAUGAAACAGCUACAAAACAUUUAUCUGAUUUUAUAGAAAGACCUUUUCCUUCAGAUUUUUAAAUUUUACAGAAUCUUUUGGGAAUUCCAGAUCCAAAGAAGGGCAUGCACAGUUGGCUUCUUGAUUUUUUUUCCUCCACACAGGUGGCACUGUGGGAUUUCCAACUAGGUUAUUGCAUUCCAUUUAUUACUUUUUUUCCAGAAAACUGGACACUUUCAGAGAUCUUUAGAUUGUGUUUAUUUUUUUUAUCCUCACUGACAGAUGCCAGUCUUGGUGUUAUUCUGUGUGAGACCUCAUUUCUUUCAAUCGGGAUUGGGUUGAUUUAUUUUUCUGAGAACUUAACUUUUACCUUUUUUUUUUUAUCUACAAGUAAUAUUUUUCAUUGUAAUUGAGCAUUAAACAUUCUUGUUCUAGUUAUAGGAGAACACAGCUUCAGCUAAUGGAAGUUUACAAAGAACAGUAUUUUUUUUAAAGUUUUUGUUGUGAAAUUUCACUUCUCAGGGUGCAUUUGUGUUUAUCUCCUUUUUUUUCUUAGAGAUCCUAUUUGUUUUGUUUUUCACUGUAAAUAGAAUGGGAUGUGGAUGAAGUGAUAGCCAUUGUGCCUUCAAACUGGUAAACUUGGUAAAUAAGACACUUUCACUUUUACAGCAUCAAUCAAAUCAGUCAAUCAAAUGACUGUUUCUGUAAUCAUGUAUGUGUACAGGAUUUCAUUCUCUUGCUUUUUAGGUAGUAUAAAAGAGUUUUAAAUUGACAUUUUGUUCAUACUAAAGGAUUUUUUUCCCCCUUACGUUGUGCCUUCUUGUUUAAAUUGUUUUUGUCAGGAAAUCUCUAUGGCCAAUUGAAAGACUGAAGUCUGCUUUUUAUUUGGAUUAUUUAAAACUUAGCUAUUGCUAACACAUAAUUAAUUAAAACAGCUGAAAGAUAAUUGGGAAAGACACUUCAGCCUUCAGUCAGCAGGUAAGAAGCACUUUUAGCUAUGGCUUUAUGUGGCCAAGAAGUCUUCCACCAAGCUUGACAUUUCUAGUAUUUCCAGGAUGAAGGAAACAAGACCUUCCUUAUAUGACACAAAGAAGCAAGAGUAGAUCACUGUCAUUUUAAUUCUGCUGUUUUAUACUUGUGUGUAUAUCUAUUUAGUCAUGUAUAUGUAUAAAUUACAUAUAGACACAUGUAUGUGUGUAUAAAAAUUUUUUGUAUGUGUGUACAUACCUAUACAUACAUGUAUAAAUACCAGAUUUUUUCAUGUAGGAAUUACUUUUGUGAAGUGAAUGUAAUAGCAAAAGAUGUCUCGUAGCAGUUCUGUUUUCAGCUGUUUUACUCUACCUGCAGACCCAGUUUUUCUCCAGUUGUGCAGCAGGAAAAGCCUGGGCAGGAGGGGUGCUGGAUUUCUUGUGUUGCUUUGCCAAAGUGCCUUUUGGUUUGUGCCCACGUGAAAGGUCCUACAGGGUAUGGAAUGCAAAGUCCAGUAACUACUGUGGACUGUCUCCUGGUGAAGCAGUCAUAUGGAGGGAACUUCAUUCUAGUUUCAUUUAAUCCAAAAUGAAUGAUGGCAAUUCCUCAGUUGGAGGAAUUCAGUUCCUCUGGAAUUGGGCUGUCAUAUCCAACACUAGGCUAUCCCUCAGUCAUGUUAAUCUAAAUUCUGCUUUUAAGGUUAUUCCUUUUUUUUUUUUUUAUCUUGUCCUUUGAGCUUGUCUGUCUUUCUGAAGCAUUGUAAAAAAAAAAAAAAAAGUGCUUUGGCAACAGAGGUGUAAAAAAUCUUUGCUAACAUGUCCAAAAAAAGAGGCUUUUUCUGAAGUGCUCCUGCUCUUAAACUAAAGGGGAGUUCUGUGCUAACUGUAUGAAAUUGGUGUGGGAUGGCUUGUGGGUAGAUAUGUCAUUCUUCUGGUCAUUUUAAAAAUUCAUAUGAUGAUUCUAUAGUUUAAAGCAUCUUCCCAAAUCUUGGAAGACUUCAAUUCAAUGGGGUGUUUCCUUGUAUUCAUCAUUCUGAGCUGUUUGGUUAGAUACCUCUAUAGAAGUAGAUGGGUUUUCUGUUGUUUAAAUUCUGCAUGUGAUUAAGUACAUUAGCAGGAUUUACAUGGAAGAACUUUAUAAUCCCCAUGUAUUUGGAGGUCCUGAUUCUUUCCAUGGAGCUUUCAUGACAGCUUUUUCAGGUAAAAGAUGUCUGUUAAUCGUGGUACACGGUGAGUAAAAUUCACCUCACUGAAUCUUAGCUCUCUGGAAGUUACACAUCUAGUUUAAGGGAGGAAUCUGGGCACCUCUAGAGAGCUAUUAAUCUCCUCCUAAGAUAGAUAUUUAAGGAAAAUAGAUUGAAUCAUGUCCUGGUGAGCCUCUGUGGAGACUGUGGAAGCUGUGAUUUAGCUCAGGUUAGAUACUUGGCUUUAGAAUACUAACUUGAGAUUAAUUCCAUCCGGAGCUGUACUACCUGUCUUGGAAUAGCAAAAAUAAGACUGAAAGAAAAUCCAGCCCCAAACCUCAAAACCCUCCAAAAUCCAUCUAGAAAGAGGCACAUUAAAGAGAUGCUGAUGACUUGAAAAGUCACUGUUUUAAAUGUCAGGAUUUACUUCUGCCCCCACAUCCCUUGCCAAUGCCUGUGUUGUGAGCUUGUUCUUUGUUUUUGUUUGUUUGUUUUUGUUGGAAAUACAUCCCUUUUCCUUGUUCUGAAAUCUCAUGUGCCUGACUGGCUGGAUGUACAGUUCUGUAAAUGCAUGAAACUAACAGGCAAACGUAAUUAAUGUAUUGCAGCUAUUUUGAUAACCUUUCAUACUGCUAGAAUUAAGGCUGUGACUAGUCGAACUGCUCUCCUGUCAUCAGGAAUGCUGCCCACUGUGCAUUUGCAAAAAUUGUGUGUUUGGUCCUGGUUCUUAUUCUGUGUACUCUUUGCAUCCUAUGGGAUAUGCUUCCCAUGUCACAUCUGCAGGACUACAACAUUUAUGAAGACUAGAGAAAAUGUAGCAUUUUACUAUAUGGAGUAUGAGGGUGACUUUACAUACUGAUUUCUGUGAUCAUUAUUACUCUUCUGCAGUGAUUCCGUAUGUUGUAGCCUUGGAAGUUACUAGGCUAGAAAUUCCUGGUUUAAUGCAUCUGUACAUUUUGUGUUAGACACAGUCAACAUUUCUCCCAAAUUGAGGCAUUUGUCCUCCACUGAGAUGAUGAUUUCUGUGAUUCUAGAUUUCUGACUUGAUAAUGAAAUCCAAAAAGGGCUCUUCAUCAAAUAUGACCAGGCAUGGGCCAGGUUGUGAUAACUGACAUUAGGAAAGGCUGAGGUGUGAGUCUUGUGGGUUUACAGAUCCUCAUGAUCUUCCAAGAAGGGCCUUGGCAAGAAGUGGCUCUUUUAAAGAAGAUUCAGCCUCAGUAGGAGCAGGCAAUGGUGAGGUUUUCCCUUUUAGCUAAGGACUAAGUACUGUUAUUUUAGUUUCAGUUAUGUAGAUCUGGUUUUUCCCUGCCUUGUUUUCAUGUAAGAAUAAUAAAUGGCACAGUUGGGACAGGCAUCCUAAAUUGGAUGGGGUCCCUUGUAGAGAAUUCAGUUUUUGACUACCAUGUUUUGUUCCCCUUGUCUAAAAAUGAGCAAUAAAAAAACCCCUCAGCUAUUUGAAAGCUCUCUUACUCCUUGCAUGCUGAAGAAAUGCAAAUAUCAAGACUGAGGAAAUAAGCAAAGGCCCUUAACCAAAUCUAUUGGGAAACUCAUGGAAGGGAGGCCAGCACUAUUUAUAGAUGUGAGGAAAGUAACUGCAUUGUUCUAGAUCAGUUAUAUAUCCCAGCCAUUUAGUUUCCCAUAGAAUUUCACAUGCUCAAACUUCUAAGUCAAGAUUUAGCCUUUAGGGGCUCUUGAUUUUGACCGUUCAUACAUGUGCUUGUGCAGUAAUUUUUUAUUUCUCUGUUUCAUUUCUAUGAACUACAUAAAAACAUCUUUCUUCACUUACCACUGCUCAGCUGCAUUUUUUGUUAAACUCUGAAAUGAUUUUGUGAAUGCACACACAGAUGCAUGUAAGACUUAAUUGCAUAGGAUUUUUGUAAUUGGUUCUUUUUUGAGGGCAUAUAAACUGCAGUUUUGGGGUAAAAAUGGUAAAGAGAAGGCUCUGGAGAAGAGGAGGCUCAGAGGAAAUCUUACCAAUGUAUAGAAAUACCUGAUGGAGGGAAAGGAAAGAAGAAGAGGGAGCCAGAUUCUUCCCAUUUAUACCCACAGGCAGGAGAGGAGGCAACAAGUACAAACUGAAGGACCAAAGACUCCCUCUGAACAUAAGAUGACACGUUUUUCAGCCUUGGCACUGAUUGCCCACAGAGGCUGUGGAGUCUCCAUCCUUGGAGAUACUCAAAAGCUGCCUGGAUGUGGUGCUGGGCAACCAGCUCUAGGUGGUCCUGCAGUGGAAGGCUGGACUAGAUGACAUGCAGAGGUCCCUUCCAACCUCAGCCAUUCUGUGGUUCUGUGAUCUGAGACUUGCCUUUUGGUUGGUCUGCUUGCUGCAGGGUCCUGAUUGCUGAAGAUGGUAGUGAGGGGAAAAGAAAUAUCUUUCUUAAGAAACUAGCAAUGUGGAGAAGAGUCACAAGAAUCUUGUUUGUUAUUCAUUUGAAGAGAAACAACAUUUUUCUUGAUUUAGGUUAGGAGGAAAAAACUAAGGGUAAUGUAUAUAUAAUAUAAUAAUAAUAUUAUGUAUAAUAAAGUUGUGGUAAUGUUUUCAGCAGACAGUUCUGUAAUGUGCAAAACACACAUGAACAGUUCACAGAUGUAUUAUUGCCACUCUGAACUGUUUCUGCUUCCUCUGUUGGAGACUGAGUGCAGUGCUGAGUUGUUCAUGGUGUCACACCCCAAACAUUUGAAUUCCUCCCCUCAAAUAACCAGCAGCAAAAUACUUGCACUGCAUUUAUGAUUUAAUAGCAUGGGUCCUUUUCUGCAGCAACAAUAGGAGUUUGAGGACUGUUGCAAGUGUGUUUCCUUUUAAAGGGGCUAAUUUCUAGAAAGGUGGAAAACCUGCAAUAGUGGGAACAGUUCCUGACAGGAAAUAGCUCUGCUCUUCAGGCUAUGCCAGUAAGCACCAGAAGCAAGUGAUGCCCCUUUUUUAAUAAUAAGGUGAGAAGGAAAAAAUGGAUCAUUGCCUCUAAGCACAUUUUCUGUAGCUGGAGGAUAUUUGUAACAACUAAUUUUAAACAUCUGAGGUAGGUACUAAAGUUAGGAAACUAGUCUCUGAGGGUCCUGUUGCUCUGGUCAGGUAGGUUCUUCCACAGAGCGAUUCAGAUCAGGAGAUCCAUCUUAAAUUGACUGAGGUCUGUGAUUGACCUCUGGAGAUCGUGAGGUCCAUCUAGACCACAUAAAGCUUGUGUUGGAAACCAGCUUCCCGUGGCUUCAGAGAAGGGGGUUGUUACCCCUGGGUGCUUUCCAUUAGUCCUGUAGCUUCUUGUGCUUCCACCAAAGGCCACCACUUCCUUUGCACUGUCGGUUGGACUGCAUCUGGUUGCUUCCUACAAAACAUCUUGCCUAAAACUAGAAAACCUUUUGUUUUCUAGUAGUUGAGUGGUUAAAGUUGUUUGUUUUGCUGUUUGUUUGUUGCUGUUUUUCACCCUCCCAAGCCACGUAUUAAAGCCAGCAAAAGGAAGAGGGCAUUUAACUGAAGUGAAAAGAAAAACAAGCAGCACGUGAGAACAUGGUGGUGGUGCAAAUGUUUUAAUUCAUAUUAGCAUAAACAAGGAUAGCCACUCUUGACUGUAUUCCAAGGCUUCUUAACUUUUAGAUAGUUUAUCUCCGUGCUGUGUCACAAAGAUGUCCAAACUGAGGUUGUUUAUUGUCACCUCAUCGUGGUGGUUCAAGCCCUAAAGCAUAACAAGCCACUGUGAACAUCCUAGUAAGUGCAAGCCCUAACUGGCUUCAAUAAAUUUCCUAACUAAGAUGCUUUGAGGAACAGAUGUUGGAAGAUGUAGAUUAGAAAGGCUAAUAGGAACAUACUUAAGUGUGGUGAAGGCAGCAGUUAGCAACACCAGACGUGGGAAGUGGGAGCAGCAGUUCAUGGAUGUGUUUCUCAGGGCUGUUCCCUGAUGUUAAGCUGCACAGGCCCAUGAAGGUCACAUCCACUGCUCUGCCCCAUUGCAGUCCUACAUAUAGUCAGUACUCCAAGAGUUGUGUCUGUACAUGCAAUCUUAGAUCCCAGAUCUGUUCUCUGUGCUCUCACAAAGUCCUACACGUUCAGCAUUAACCCUUUUUGUUUGUUUGUGUUGUGCUCCUCUUGGCAUACCAGCAGUGCUUUCCUUCACAUCUUCUGUGUCUUUGUUUUUAAUAUUCCCCUCUGAGGUUUGUGCAUUUUUUUGUACUUAGGCAAGUACCUGCUUACCUUUCAAAACGGUGUGAGGUUUUUUUCUCCCCUCAGUAUUCUGCUUGACCAGUAGUAAAGAGAAGGUGGGUUGCUGCUAGUGCAUUACUUGCUUUGACUACUGCAUCUUCUUCUCUUUCUAUAGAAUCCCAAAGGUCUCUGUGCCACUGCAGGCACAGCUCAGGCAUGGAAACCUGACCCUUCCUCAUUUGAAUACCUUUGAUUUGUGCCACUUAAUAUAUUUUUGUGGUAUAAGAUGAGGGUUUACUUGAACACAAACCAGAAGUUAGCCCCGUGUUUAUAAACAAUGGAAUUGAUUAUGGAGAAAUCAUCUAAUGCCUUACAUUGCUAACUCAAAGAUGGUUUCUUUUUCUCUUAAAAAGUUCAUUACUUCUAUUUACACACCAGUUAUUUCUGUUUAGUAAAUUGAGCCUGUUUUCUUCUGACAUGUUGGAUCAUUUAAAAUGCCAUAGUACUGUAUUGUACAGGUUUCUUCUGUUUCUGCCAGUGUAAAGAAGUUUAAAGUAAUGUCCUCACUGAAUUGUCAGUGUCUGCUAAUUCAGAGAUGACAGAAAUGUGUUAAAAUAUAUUUGAGCUAUAAUAUUUAUCUUGCUUUGUACUUAAUUUGUUUUCCUUUGUCUGUGUUGCAAAGUACCAAGUGUACAUGAAAUAAGGAAUAAAUAAAACAAAUAUAAAUCCGU